AUGAGCGCAACAGAAGUUGUGGCUGCACCUGCAGAAGUGGAACUGCCUAUGGUUGAGGAGAGCGAAACCAAGAAGGAAGAUGCAUCACCCGAAUCGAAACAAGCAGACGAUGACAAGGAACUGGUGAAGGAGCCCGAGGAUAAGGAUAAGAAGAAAGAGAAGAAGUCGCGUCGUGAUUCACGUUCCCGUUCUCGCAGUCGUUCGCGAUCCAGCUCUCGUUCAAGAAGUCGCAGCGCUAGCAGAUCAAGAAGCAGGAGCCGAGGACGCGAACGUCGUCGCUCCCGUCGCUCGAGGUCUCGCUCUCGCACCUAUUCGCCGGUGCCAUCGAGUAGUCGUCGUGUUGUUAAUGGAAGGAUCCAUGUAUCGGACCUCACCGCCUCAAUUUCAAAGAGGGAUCUUGAAAAAGCAUUUGAGAAAUUUGGAAAAGUCGUUGACAUAUGGCUUGCCUCUUAUCAUCCGUUCUAUGCGUUUAUUACUUACAAAAGAGACGAAGACGCUGAGGAAGCCAUCAGAAAAAUGAACGAUUCAUAUAUUCGUCGACAGCGCAUUCGUGUCGCCCAUGCUCUACCCCGCCGUGAAAGGUUCGGCUUUCGUACAUUUGGCGGUGCAUACAACGGAGGUGGAGGAGGCUACGGUGGCGGCGGUGGUGGAUACGGAGGAUCAUACAACAGGCGUGCAUGCCUGCGAAUUCAGAUGCACGUGAUGCUCUAUAACAUUGUCCUUUUAUCUCAUCCUGUAUCCGCAGAAGGAGCAUCACAAAGAGUCCGAUCCGUACAUCGAGGAAAUCACGUUCGCGCAGUCGCUCGCGCUCGAGAUCGCGUGACCGCAAGCGUAGCCGCUCAUCAUCGCAAAGUUAAGAUGAAAGCUGGUGUUGGCGACUACCAUUUGCUGGUGGCUCAUAAUUUCCUCUCUAAUAUUUCUCUAGAUGGUAGCCAUGAGGACACGAAACUACGAAUGUUCAAUCGUCGUCAGUGUGAACCAGCGGGUUCCCUUGCAAAAGCGCCUAUAGCGGGUGACGAUACGUCAGUGUCAAUCGAGUGUGAGGACGACGUGCCCUUACUUGAGCCAGAACAUUUUUUUGCUAGUGCUGCUGGAGGAAGAGGAAGUCCUACCAGUUCAUUAUUUUCCGGAACUUCAACUCUUAAAAGCAAACCGUUGAAGAAGCUGUCCAUGCUACAACGAUUUGUGAGGAUGGUCAGCACCGAUGACCUUAUCUCUGAUCGAGAAAGCGCAGUGGAAGAGAAGAUAGCUCUGGAAUCAUUAAGUGGUUGCAAGAGGAAGUCAGAGGCUUCGGAUAAGAACUUCGGCGAUGAUCGACCUAUCUCACCGGCUUCGGUCACGCAGUUCACAUUUCUCCGACGUCUUAGAACAUCCCUCGCUAAGGGUGACAGAUCCUUUUUCUGUACCUCGUCUGGUGCUCCACUUAUUGUCAUUUCGCACUUUCCUUUCCAAUCUUCAGCACGAGCCCGAUCUCGUCUACGUCAUUCACGAUCCUCGAUCGGAAGCACGGAACGUUUGCAUCAAAACACAGCAGGGUGUUCCGUGGAAGAGCUCCGUCCAUUCGACUUUAAGGAAGUUGAGUAUGUUCACUUCGAGCAGCUUGGUUGGAAAUUGCGUCGCUCGAGUUUGUCAGCUGGUGGAGUGGCGUGGAAAAGUCCGAGCAAAGAGGAAAGAAGGGUGAGUGAAUAUCAGCAGAGUACGACACUCAGUCCACAAUCAGUGGGGAAUGUUGCUGCAAGGGAGAGCACAGGAUCACGUGGUGAUUUGCUUGUUGACGAAGACUCGUAUCAGCUCGAUGCCGACGGCUUACAAAUAAACGACUAUGAUCCGUCAAUGAUAGAUGACAUUUCGUCAGCUACUCGGACCAUUAUCCGCUGCAGUGGAUUCAUCGGUGUAACGAAAGUGUUUGCACCGCCUCAUGUAAACAAGACCACCCUCAAUGAAACUUUUGCGGAGAAGUUUCCAAACGUUCAUCUUACCUAUAGCAAACUGAAAAGUAUCAAACGAGACAUCUGGCUAAUUGCCAAGGAGUGUGACGUAGACGAGUAUACGGUGGCACAGACGUUUGUCUACUUCGAAAGGAUAGUUGUUAAGGGACUAAUAUCAAAGUAUAAUAGGAAGUUGGUAGCUGGAGUAGCUUUGCUCGUAGCUGCGAAGCUCAAUGACUACAAAAAACCUGAUAUUGUAAAAAUUCUAGAGAUCAAAGCUACGGAAAAGGAAGAUUCCACGCUUACAUCACAGCAGCAACUGGAUCGUCUACUGAGACCGGGUUCAACAUAUUUGAACUUGAAUCCGUUCGAGGUACUACAAAUUGAACCAGAUUCCGACAUAGAGUUAGCGAAGAAGAAAUUUAAAAAAUUGUCACUACUUAUUCACCCCGAUAAAAAUCCUGAUGAUCGGGAUAGGGCCGACCAGGCAUUCGAUAUUAUAAAAAAGGCGAUAAAGCAAAUUGAGAAUCCACUUGAGCUCAAUCGUUGUAAAGACUGCUACACAGAGGCUCGUGCUCGUCUAGCCAUUGUGAUGUCAGAGAAACGACGGAAGGCUAAAAAGGAGAAUGGCACUAACGAAAUUGAGGAGGAUGACCCAGAGGUAUACAAGAAGCAGUUGUGGAUAACCGUUACGAAAGUUUUUGCCGAUCGCGAAAAGAAGAGAAAAAUGCUUGAGGAAAGGGCAAAUGAAGAAAAACGACGAGCGGCUGAGACGAUACAGCAAGCAGCAGAGAAGAGGAAGCUGGCUGAGGAAUUUGCUAAAAAUUACGAGGAAUCUCGUGAUGAGCGCUCAGGCAGCUGGCGUAAUUUCCAAGCGAAAAAGGCUAAACGUGAGGAAGGCGGUAAAACAAUGCGGGGUGCUGCGUUCCGCCCACCGAAGCCAAAGUUACAAAAAUGA